UAAAUUGGAAGAGCGUCGCAAAAAACUGGAGUUGAUGUUAUUCCAAGAGAAUAUGCAAUACCAACAGGAACUGAAGACUCUCGCACAGCAGCCAAAGCUUUAUAAAAACGGAUCUUAUUUAAACAAUGUCUCAACGGCAACCUUGCAAGAAAUCAACCAAGGCAUAGUUGAGAAAGAGGAGCAACUGAGAAGACACGAGGCAGAGCUGAGACUGCAUCACGCGUGGAGGUUACGACAGCCGGAACUGCGCGCCGCCUCAUCAUAUGUCGCCAACGGGAAAUGCAAGUCUGCUUGGAUGGAGCAAAUUGUUGAAAAAGAGAUGCAGAAGAAAAAAGAAGAAGAGGAAACACGUAAAACAUUGCAAGAAAGAGAUGAAAUGCUACGCCGUCAAAUAAAGAUAGAAGAAGACAGGUUGAAAGAGAAGGAGCUGCAAAUGAAGGAGCUCCGAGAAAGUUUAGAAGGACAGAUAGCAGAAUUGAGUGAAAAGGAGGCUGCAGUAAAAGAACUACGAAAAAUGGAAGAGAGGGAAAGUCUUAUAUUAGACGAGCUCCAAUUUAUUUCGAGUGAAAGAGAAAGGGAACACGCACGCCUAGUGGCCGAGAGAGACGCAAACAUUGUGAACAUGGGCUUGCAUAAAUACAAGCUCAAGAGGAAAGUGAUCUCAGUUCUGAAGGAGAUAGACUUGGAUCUGGAAAUGUUAGCUAGAAUACGAAAGGCAAUUCUUAAGGACAUCAAGAACGAACAGGAUAAGUCGCCGUAUUAUAAACGAAUCCUUGAUACGGCUCUGCGUGAACUAGAAGAGUACAGGGAGAAAGAGAGACAGAGACAAAAGAACAUCGAAGCCAUGUACGACGGAGAAGCGAGACAGAUAAACGAUAAGCAAGACAAGUUAUGGGCGAAAGAACGUGACGCUCGUUCGAUACUCAUGAAGGAAGUCAUAUCUACUUUGAAUAGGCAAUUGAAGGAGAAAAUAGAGGCUAAUCGCUCGCAACAAAAGGCGAAUGUGUUAGAGCGAGAGAAGAUCAUAGAGCAGAUGGAGAGCUUCCACCAGGAGGUCAGGAGUAAUGAGAGAGAAAAUCAGUUGAAGAACUCGUCCUAUUCAACAAUGACAGCGCUGCAAUCACAGCUGAACAGUUUACGUGUGCAGCAACAGCAGUUGGAGGCGGCGAAAACGCGCGAACAAGAACUGAGGGAUGCGCACGCGCACGAACGUGACUUACGACGGGAGAUAGCGCGCGUACAACGAGCGGGCAGCGCACACGCGUGGACAUAAACAGCCACACAAUUAAAUGUACAAUUAGUUACUUGUAUGUUUUGUGAAAAACAUUUUAAACAAUUGC